GUUUAAUUCUCUAUAAUAAGAUCAAAAUUUUGGAUGUUAAGAUGUCAGAUUCAAAGGAUCAUUUAUUAGAAUGAAUUUUACUGCUUUGUACAUUUUUAUGAAUAAAUUGAAGAUUUAUGAUUGAGUCAAUAAAGAGAAAGUCUAUUUUCGAGUUAAGGUUCAUUAAAGAUAAUUGUUUGCCCCAUUUCUUUUCUGCAUCUAUUUUAAUCUUUUACUGGAAAAGGUUGAUGUUUAAUUUAGAGUACAUAUGACUUGUAACCAAAAUUAGGAGGCUAAGGAAGGUUGUAAUGUGUAACUCAAAAUAGAGAAAAACUUCAUGAAAGUGGUAAGGGACUUCAAUUUACAAGUAACCAUCUGAAAAUCAAAAUAAAUGACAAGAUUAAUUGUGGACAGGAAAGAAUGGGGCGCUAGGAUAAGUUAAGGGGAAAUCAAGAAUUGAAGGAGAAUGCAAAGGCUCUCGCUUAAAACAUUCUCUCUCUCUGUAUUUCUACCCAGACAAAGGAAUCGAUGAAAGAUUUAAUCCUCUGGUUUAAUGCUCAGGUAACUCAGUAUUAUUGGUGUGAUAAUUGAAAGGCCAUUUUAUAAAUUUGGAAGAUUUUUGUUAAGACUGGAUAUGAU